AUGGCCAUUAUUGCUCAUUUUGGUCAUGGAAAAUCAAUAUUAACUGACUUACUUGUGUACAAAGCUGGUUUUAUUAUUUCACAGAAGGCUCAUGAAAUGCUUUUCAGUAAUGCACGAAAACUUGAAAAAGAACGAUAUAUUAAAACUACAUCAACAACUAUUUCACUUUAUUAUGAAUUACCUGCUAAAGAUUUAGAACUCACCAAACAAGAGUGUGAACCCAAUGUAUCGUACUUUUUAAUUAGUCUUAUUGACUCACCAGGUCACGUUGAUUUUUCCUCGGAAGUUAGCGUUACUUUAUGUAUUAGCGACGGUGCUCUCGUUAUUGUUGAUUGUACCUCAGGAGACCGUUUACAAACUGAAACUGUUCUUCGUCUAGCUAUUGCUGAACAUGUUAAACCAAUUUUAUUUAUAAAUAAAAUGGAUCGUGCUUUACUUGAAUUAAAACUCGAACAGGAACAUCUUUUUCAAACAUGUCGACGUAUUGUUGAAAAUGUCAAUGGUAUCAUUUCUACUUAUGGUAAUAAUACUAGUCCAAUGGGCGAUUUACAAGUUGAUCCAACAAAAGGUAUAGUUGGCUUUGGUGCUGGUCUUCAUCGAUGGGCAUUUACAUUAAAUCAAUUUGCUGAAAUAUAUGCAUCAAAAUUUAAAACUGUAGUUGGUAAAAUAAUAAAACGACUAUGGGUUGAUCAUUUCUUUUCACCAACAGAAAAGAAAUGGUCAAAAACUGAUGGAGAAGGUGGUAUAUCACUUUUAAAACUUGCUAUGCAACAAUGGUUACCAGCUAGUGAUGUUUUUCUUACGAUGAUUGCUAUACAUUUACCAUCACCUGUUGUAGCACAAAAAUAUCGUGCUGAAUUUAUUUAUGAAGUUAUGUGUCCACAAGAUGACGAAGCAUGUUUAGCUAUUAAAGAAUGUAAUCCAAAUGCUCCAUUGAUGGUUUAUAUUUCAAAAAUGAUACCAACAUUGCAUAGAGGUCGUUUCUUUGCUUUUGGUCGUGUCUUUUCGGGUAUUGUUAAGUCAAAUCAAUCAGUUCGUAUUAUGGGUCCAAAUUAUGUACUAGGUAGAAAAGAAGAUCUUUACGUUAAAAAUAUUCAUCGAAUAAAUCUUAUGAUGGAUCGUUAUAUUGAACCAAUUGAAGAUGUACCAUGUGGAAAUAUCUGCUGUCUUGUUGGUGUUGAUCAAUAUUUAACUAAAACUAGUGCAAUAACUACAUAUGAAAAUGCAUACAAUCUUCGAGCAAUGAAAUUAAGUGUCACUUCUGUUGUACGUGUUGUUGUUGAACCAAGAAAUCCAGAUGAUUUACCAAAAUUAGUCGAAGAAUCUGGUGAACAUAUCGUAGCCGGUGCUGAUGUAUUACAUCUAGAAAUUUGUCUGAAAGAUCUUGAAAAAGAUUAUGCUUGUAUUCCAAUAAAAGUUUCUGAUCCAAUGGUAUCAUAUCGUGAAACUGUAUCUGAAGAAUCCGAAAUAAUGUGCGUAUCGAAAUCACCUAAUAAACAUAAUCAUAUUGAUAAAGAUGAAAUAACAUCACGUCGAGAAUUUAAAGCACGUGCACAUUAUUUAAAUGAAAAAUAUGAUUAUGAUAUAAAUGAAGCACGUCUACAAUACGAAAAUGAAAUAAAAUAUAGUUGUAUUGUUGUUUUUCAAUGGGCUACAAAAGAAAGUGUACUUGCUGAAGAAAAUAUUCGUGGUGUUCGUUUUGAUAUUCAUCAUAUUAUACUAAAUAGUGAUGCUAUACAUCGUGGUUGUGGCCAAAUUAUUCCAACAGCUCGUCAUGCAAUUUAUGCAUCAAUGCUCACAGCAAAACCACGACUAUUUGAACCAGUCUAUUUAUAUGAAGUAGAAUGUCCAGAAGUUGCUCUUGGUAGUAUUUAUGGUCUAUUAAAUUGUCGUCGUGGUUAUGUUUUUGAAGAUCAUCAAGUAGCUGAAACAUCAAUAUUUAUUCUUAGAGCUUAUUUAACAAACAAUGAAUCAUUUGGUGGUCAAGCAUUUCCACAAUAUAUAUUUGAUCAUUGGACAAUUAUAAACCAAGAUCCAUUUGAUGACUCAACUGAAGUUCGACAAAUUAUUAAUGAUAUUUGA